AUGCUACUAAGAAAGCCUUGGAGGACAUUAAAGAGCAAACAACUUGAUGAACUUAAAAAUAAGCUUAGCAUUUUUACUGAAAAAAAUAAGUCUGAUGAUUGUAAAAAGCUUUUAACGCAUUUAUGUGACGGCCUCGAGAAAUUCCUAGGUUUCAAUCCAUCUUCGAAAGGCUACGACGGCAGUGGGAUAGUGUACUCUGACCUGGACAGGCUGUGUGACGGGGUGAUGGGAUUUUUGUAUAAAAUAAUUAGUGAAGUAAAAGAAAAUAACAACUUAUCACCUUAUAAAAAAACAUUAGAAAAUGCAGUAAACGAAUUAAAUAAAAAUCUUAAUAAAGGCAAAAUAGGUUUGGAGGCUGUGAUUGGCCCGGUCAAGCGGGGGGUAAAGGGGUGGUUGGGGGCUGUGAAUGAAAAAAGUAAAAAAGUGAUAGAACCAUUAAGCGCGUUAAUUAUAAAUAUAAUUGAUGUUAAUGAUGCGAUUAGGGGUAUGGUUACACGAGAGCAUGAUGAUCUCGUUGCUGUAGUGUUGGCUGAUUGGAUCGACUCCGUUCAACGAUGUCCACCUCAUUCUAAAAAGUCAUCUGAUGCAAUUGGCUCUAUCGAUCAAAAUCUAAGCAAUGAUUUGAAGCCUCACGUAAAUUUGAUUGUCCAAGCUACGGAGAGUCUUAAGGAUAAUGCCGUUGCAGAUUACUUCGGGCUCAGAGACGUUUGCCAGAAGGUGGACGAGCAGUUUAGGGAGUUGGAUAAGUUAGUAGCAGAUGGACUUGGAGGAGAGAAUGGGUUGAAAAAGAAAAUAGAUGAUGAUGUUACUGCGCUUAAAAACAAGGUCAAGGAUGAAUAUCCGAGUUGCUUGCGGAAUAGCAUUAAGGCCGCGAAAGAAAACCUGCUGGAGUGUAAAGUUGUAACCGACCCUUAUUUGAUGUUUAUGUAUAAUAAUAAUAAGUCUAACAUGUUUGAGAAAAAAUUCGAUGAAAUAGAAAGGUUGAUGAAAGAUGUUAAUGACGGUGUUAAGCUACCAUCUCGUGGAGAGUCCGAGAUUAGAGAUAAAGUAACUGCAAUACAGCAGAACAUAUUGGCACUCGAUGCAGAACUUCAAGUGGGCGCCGGGAAGAUUGGUGGCGCGAUCUCUCUAGCUAUUCAAAAUGUUAAUCACGCCGUUACGAUUUUGGAUCAGAAAGUGCAACAAGAUUUGCAAACUUUAAAAAAUUCGAUAGACAGUGAAAUUUCGAAGUAUGUUGAGAAAUUGGCAGCAGCUUUAGAGGUGGGUGUCAUAGGAGCAUACGGUGGUAGCGCCAGACCGGGGUUUACCAGACUCGUUAAUUCGCUUAAUAAGCACGAUCCGAUAACACCAGAUACGCAACUAGGCACGCAUUUAAAAAAUGUAAACGAACACAAAAAAGAUUUUGGCAUGGCCAUAGAAACCGUAUUGUUUGACAUCAGACAAGCGAAAUCACAUUGGGAUGGUGCUUCUAAGGAUCUCAAAUUAGCACUAAUCGGCGAUGUUAACAAAGCGGUAGAGGCGUCAUUCAAAGAAGCCCACAAAAAGCAUACUAGUGUUCAGGGCCUGAUGGACAACUACAAGAAAUGGCUUACAGGGACAGCAGUCGGCCCUGAUGCCAGUCCAAAUUGCCUCAAUGUCAAGAUUGGAGAUAUUAAGGGUACGCUUACGAAUUAUUUUACGAAUAGCGUCGAUGAGAGAGCCAGAUUUAAUUUUGACAGGGGUGAACAUUUUGGCAAAUAUAACCAAAAAAAGCAAACCGCCACCCAGGCUAUCGACGAAAUCCUUCGAAAAGUCACCAAUUUUGAAGAGCUGCCUGGGAAAGUAUCCGGCACUAAAAAGGAAGUCGAAGCGUUUAUACGUGAGCUACAUGGGCAAGUUAAGCAUCUUCAUAACCAUGUUGGCAGAACUCUAGAGUUUGUGGAAGCAGCUGAAACGCAACUGACUCAAAUGAUCCAAGCCAUCAACCAAGAUAUCGACAGUGUCCACGAUAAAGUCAAACAAUACAUUGAUGAAUUUCACCAACAAUACAGAUCAGCCUCCACCACCGCCCAAACCAACAUCAAAAAAUCCGCCCUCUCCAACUUCGCCCAGUCCAAGGCCGCCGCGCUCCAGAAGCUGAAGCAGUUGGUUGAGAGGGAGAAUGAGGCGAUUAAAAAGAUUAUUGAAGACGAUAUGAACAGCGGAUUGAAGGGUAUGAUGAAGCAGAUGAAUGAUAACAAAACUACGCUUGAUACAAUUAGUGGUCUUGUAUCUCCACCAGCUGCACCAGGUAAUGACGAUGGCACUAAACUGCGACAAAUGUCUGAACAUUUCAAAACGUAUUACAAUACAAUUCACGAUCAUAUCAACGGACAAGUCAAACCUCCAACCAAUCAGCCACCCACCCCCCCUCCCACCGCUCCAACCACCGACCCAGCCGACCAGCUAACCAAAAUCAAAAGUGACUUCGACAAAUUACUUACCAAUUUAAUUGACUCAAAUAGCACUAAAAAGUAUAAUUACGAUAAUGAAUUUAUUAAAUUGCGUGAUCAACUCUCCUCCUCCCUCGCCCUCCUCCACCCCUCCGCCUUCGCCAACCCCCGGCACCCGGAGCUGCUCGAUGCGGUCAAAAAGGGGCUGCAGGGGUUUGUCAAGGAGAUGGAGCGGGUGUAUGUGAACGGGUAUGAUGGGCAUGAGGAGAGCAUUAAUAUUGAUAAAUUAGUUAUAGAUGGAAGUAAUAACGACAAGAAAUUGACGGAUGACGGCCGAAAUUUGUCGAAGGUAUUUUUGACCAUCAUGAACACUAUUUACGACGAUCUUCACAAAUUGCAUUUCGAGUGCGAGCAUUACUGGAAAGAUAACAAACUUUGCGAAACACAAAAGGAGAAAGACAAUCCGCUCGGUUUAUACCUUAAACGAUGUGGUUACACAGUCGCCAAGAAAGAGACAUCCAAGGACGGCGAAUCGCAAUGUAAGACAGGUGUCACUGGUGGAGUAAUAUUCAGUAAGCUUGUAGCAACCACUGCAAGCACAUCCGGUACGUA